UUGACUGAGAGGCUCGAAAUGGUAUACUGCCAACUACAGUUAUAUUCACGAAGAACUUUUGGUCUUUAUGGUAUUGGUGGAAUAGGCAAGACCACUCUCUUAGCUAGUAUUAACAAUUUCUUUCUUGAGACGGUUAAUGACUUUGAGGUUGUUAUUUGGGUUGUCGUAUCUAAUGAUUUGCAAUAUCUAAGCAUUCAGGAUCAGAUUUUGCGAAGACUAAAUCUUGACAAGGAUUGGGAACAAGAUACAGAAGAGGAAAGAGCUAAUGAGAUACACAACAUCCUGAAGGGGAGGAAGUUUAUGCUGUUAUUGGAUGAUCUAGGGAGCAAAGUAGAUCUGACCAAGGUAGGUGUUCCACCUAUAACUUAUCAAAACGGAUCAGUUAUAUUGUUUACCACUCGUUCUAAGGAAGUUUGCGAAGAUAUGGAGGCUGUUGGCAUAGAAGUUAAACGUUUGUCAAUAGCUGAAUCUUGGGAAUUGUUUCACAAACAACUUGGAGAUAACACAUUAAAAAGUCAUCCGGAUAUACCCGCUCUCGCUAGAGUAGUUGCUGGUAAAUGUAACGGUUUGCCACUUGCACUCAAUGUCAUUGGCAAAACCAUGGCACAAAAAAAGACUGUACAAGAAUGGAGUCAUGCGAUUACUGCUCUGAAUUUGCCUAGCGAAGAGUUUCUUCUAAGUAACGAAGGAGGGGUUCUUCCUCUUUUGAUGGUCAGUUAUGAUAGUUUAGAGAGUGCAAAAGUCAAAUCAUGCUUCCUAUAUUGUUGUUUGUUUCCGGAAGAUUAUGAAAUACAGAAGAAUGAAUUGAUAGAAUAUUGGUUAUGCGAAGGAUUUAUUGAUGGAGACAGAGAUAAGGAUGGAGCUAACAAGGAAGGUCUUGAUAUAAUUAAUUUGCUAGUUUCUUCACAUCUGUUGAUGAAUGGUGGAGUCACAACGAAAGUGAAAAUGCAUGGUGUGGUGCGCGAGAUGGGGCUUUGGAUAGCGACUAACUUUGGGAAACAGAAAGAAAUACUUUGCGUUAAAUCCGGCGUGUGGUUACAACAGAUACCUGAGGACAUUAUUAGUUCAAAGGUUGUAAGAAGGAUGUCUUUCAUGAAUAAUCAGAUUGCGGAGAUAUCUUGCAGUCCCCAGUGCCCCGACCUCUCGACCUUAUUACUCCAGAAUAACAAGCUGGUGGAUAUCUCAGGUGAAUUCUUUAGGUUUAUGCCAGCAGUUGUAGUCUUGGAUCUUUCUGAGAACAAGAGGCUUAUUGGAUUGCCGGAAGAAAUUUCAAACUUAGGAUCUUUGCAAUACCUCAACUUGUCACACACAGGGAUAAAAUCAUUACCAGUUGGUCUGAAGGCAUUGAGGAAAUUAAUCUACUUGAAUGUGGAUUAUACUUAUAAACUGCGAAGCAUUGUUGGGAUAGUGAUGAGUUUGCAAAAUCUCCAAGUGUUAAAGUUCUAUAAUUCCGGUGUUUGUAUUGAUGCCAUAUUACUGGAAGAGUUACAGCUCUUGGAGCACUUAAAGCUUUUAAAAGCAACGGUCGAUGAUGCUGUGAGUUUGGAGAGGAUACAAGGAGUGGACCGGUUGGCGAGUAGUAUUCAAAGUUUAUGCCUCAGAAAGAUGUCAGCAGCGGUUGUGGUAUUAAACACGGUAGCUCUGCGUGGUCUUCAAAGACUUGUGAUACGGAACUGCAAUAUACUUGAGAUAAAGAUAGAUUGGGAAAGCAAAGAAAGAAGGGAAGUUUUACCAAGUACAAGUUCUCCAAGCUUCGAGAACUUAUCCAGUAUUUUGAUAAGUGAUUUGGAAGGUCCAAGGGAUUUGACAUGGCUGGCAUUUGCUCAAAAUCUCGUGUAUCUACAUGUGAUGAGGUCAUCAAGCAUAGAAGAGAUAAUAAACAAAGAAAAAGGAAUCAGUAUCAGAACUGCACAUCGACAUUUUGUUGCACCGUUUAGGAAACUGGAGUACCUUACGGUAACUGACAUGGCUGAACUAAAGAUAAUCUGUGGGUAUCCUCGGGCUCCUCGAAAGCUGACAGAGUUCACUGUCCGAAAUUGCCCAAAGCUGCCACAGAGUUUGAGAGACAACGGAGAGAGGAGUGGGUGGAUUGGUGAAGAAUGAGAGAAGUAAGCCAGUGGAAGGUUUCUCACACAACCACAAACUGCGAUUCUUCAAGUUUGCAGGAUGAAGUUACUACAGAUGUGUACUUUUUUCAUUACCUCUCUGGCUCACACUUUCAUUACCUCGCUUUCUUUGUGUGACUGUAUCUGUAUCCUCUCAGUUACGAAUUUGGGUUUGUGUUUGUAGUGGCAUUGUUUCAAAGACCUUAAUGUCAAGUGUGCAUUUUGAGACA